GAGGCGCUUCCUCUCCUGGCCAACUUGCUGAACUGUCAGCAGGACACCGAGGACAGAGUUUGGUAAAGUUUCUGCCCCGGUGGUCUCCCGGUGAAGACAUGGCCCCCAGUACGCAGCUGAAAGAGGCAGUAGCCGAUAUGCAGGAGGGGAUCCGUGCCAUUCUGCUCGGACCUCCCGGAGCCGGGAAGGGAACUCAGGCUCCUCGACUAGCAGAGCAGUACUGCGUUUGCCACCUGGCCACUGGAGACAUGCUGAGGGCCAUGGUGGCUUCAGGCUCCGAGCUGGGCAAAAGGCUCAAGGAGACCAUGGAUGCUGGCAAACUGGUCAGCGAUGAGAUGGUCGUGGAGCUUAUAGAGAAGAACCUGGACACGCCGGCCUGCAGGAAAGGCUUCCUGUUGGAUGGAUUCCCUCGCACAGUCAAACAAGCAGAGAUGCUGGAUAACCUGUUGGACAAGAGACACGAGAAUCUGGACUCCGUGAUCGAGUUUGCUGUCGAUGACUCUCUGUUAGUCCGCAGGAUCUGUGGCAGACUAAUUCAUCAACCGAGUGGCCGCUCCUACCACGAGGAGUUCAACCCCCCCAAAGAGCCCAUGAAGGAUGACGUGACAGGUGAGCCGCUCAUCCGCCGCAGUGACGACAACGAGACGACGCUGCGGUCCCGUCUGGACGCCUACCACCGUCAGACGGUCCCUCUGGUGGAUUACUACAGAGCCAGGGGGCUCCACACAGCCAUCGACGCCGCCAAGAACCCCAACGUCGUCUUCGCCUCCAUUGUAGCGGCCUUCUCAGCUGCCACGGAAACCCCGGUCCGCGCUACCGCCUGUAAAGACCAAGUGUUCUUCAUUUAAAAAAAAAAAAAAAAAAACCUUUUCCUUCGUUCCUGUAUCCCCUCCAGUUUCCCCUCAAGGUUGGAGAUUAUACAAGAGUUGAUCGAGUGUCACGGUGGCAACAAAAUGUAACUUCGCGAAGGUGUAAAGACGGAAGACGGAGACUCAAUGUGGCGACAUGAUUCAAGAAAUUCACAGCGUUCCGCCAGUGUGAUCCCUGUUGUAGAAACAGAAAGGAUUAUUUUUGUUACUCGUUAUCACAAAAUGAAGUCUGAAAGAGAACAAGCCGAUGUAGAAGUGAUCAAUAAUCGCAAAACAAACUCUGCUGCUGCUGCUUCUCACCUAUAUAGAAACGAUGAGAUUUAAGGAUUUGACAUUUUAGCAGAGCGGAGCGCCGUGCAUGUUCCUUUUUCACCAGAAUGUGUUUGAAAAUAUUGACGUUUGUUGCAUAUUGUUUGCCUUCGCCGGACAGGUUUGCUCUUGUUUAAUCGGUGACUCUGCCCUUUUCUCUUCCUCGUGCACAUACAGUAGAACUGCUGUUUGUUCAAUCUAGCUUAUAUUUCCUCCUCUUUUACUUCCCUACAGGUGGAAACACAAUAGAAGCAUUGGAUGUGGAUUGUCCCAAUUUGCAAGUCAUUUUCAGUGGCCUUUGACAUCCUCAAAUUGUUUUUUGAUUUAUAGCAUUGAGAGAGAAACAAAGCCGUCGCUUUUCAUAAGGUGACGUGACACCGUAAUGACCGUUAAACAGUUUGGAAGGAAAAAGAAAAUGAUGCAACAUUUUUAUUUUAGGUGUUACUGCUAAAACGUCGGCUCAAAGAAACCAUGACAAACCUGAGUAAAUGCAAGUUAAUGAAACCCAAAUCCAAAAUAUAAUUUGUGUAGUAUAAAAAAUGUGAAAAUAAUAACCAAAUAUGUGAACUAAGCCAAGGAAACUCAAAACAGAAGUGAUGAAAUGACACUUUCGUUGUUUCCUCUAACUCUCACUGGGGACAUCCUUCCCCUUUUUUUUUUUUUUUUUUUUUAUUCUUUCCUUUCUUUGUUUGUCCUGUUUUCUCCUCUUCCCUCCUUGUUCUCCUCCUCCGUUCUGCUUUCACGCUGCGGCACUCCAUGAACGACCCUCUAGACGUCAGACUGGUUGAAAAAUAACUCGGUGUUUGAUUGAUAGGGCUAAUUGCUAAAUCAAUAUGCGCUUCACAGUGAAACAGACUGUACUGUGUUUUCACUGAAGUAGCUGAAUCAUUACUUGAAGGCCUAAACGGUGUGACGUCGGCUCAGCCUGGUGCGACACCGGCGCUUGUUUUUGUAAGGUUCAUAGAGUUUUGAUUGCAUUUUCCUCAUGGCAAAGCAUGUGACUUCCUGUCGCUCUUAUCAGGAAUUUAAUGGGACGAAACUAUUAAUUGUUAAUGUUGGUGAUGCUGGAUGUUUAAAGAAGCACUGACACUUUGUUCUCUGUACUGUAAGAACUGUAAUAGAAAUAGAUGGAGACUAGAAUUGAAAUAAGGCCAGACUUCACAAAAAGAAUACUUGUAGAAAUAUUUUUGAUAAGUUUAUUGGAACAAUCUGGUCAACUUGACCUUUAAUAGGGUCAUCUAAGUCCAGUAUGUAGUCUGCUGCGAUGCAUGCUGAACUCCUUUAGGACCUCGUAAUCUGCAGUUUUAGGUUUUCCUACAUGAAGGUUAAUGAUCGGUGAGAAAUGUGGUGUAAUAUUUGGUCCUCAGUCAAAAACCGUUAUCCUAGAUCAGACUGAGUCCAUCGACAGCCGACGUCAGAGCUUUAGCAACCAAACAUUAAGAUUCUGACGGUGUCGAAGUGUACACAGCCUGACCGAUACUGGAUUGUCGUGGCCAAUAUUGAUUUCAGUAUUUGUAGUUUAAAAAAUCCAUAAUGGCAGAUUGUUUUUGUUUUUUUAACAUAAACACAUUACUUGAAAAGAACACAAAGGAAUCCCACACACUCUGUCCAUCACUUGAACUCACUUUAAUAACACGACGUAACAUGAAGACCUGACGACAGAAACAUCGUGUUAUUAAAUAAAGUGAGUUCAGGUGAAGGUCUGUGCGUGGGAUUCUUUGGUUUCAUUUAAGUCAAGAUUUUUUGAUCCCACACACCGAUCACAAAAACCUCAUGGUGUGCAGGAACUUUUCUGGCAAAUUUAACAUAAAUGCACAAUUACACUUACUUACUUAUUUAUUUAUUUAUUUAUUUAUUUAUUUAUUUAUUUAUUUAUGUGACCAAGAUACAGAGUGAGUGGACCAUUUAACUGAGUAAAAAGAAACGUCUUGUCAGUGCUCUCUGGAGAGUUUCUAAAUAAUCUUAAACCUAGUUUGGUGUUUCUGUUCUGCAGUUUUUUUGCGUAACCGAGUCGAUUUAUCCGUCUAACUCUAGAAAUUUAGAACCAAAAUCCCACAGUGUGACUACGACCCAUGUUUACAAAUCAACCGAUCAGGAUA